AUGGGUACUCGUCGUCCGGGGGUACCAACAUUUAUAUGGCGUAAUUUUGUGGAUUCCCUUGGUCGAGAUCGGUUCAAGAAAACAAUUGUUGGUGAAGAUGAGUUGGGGAAUAAAUAUUACGAAUUAACGAAAUCAAAACGACCUGUAAAACGUGGCUUCAUGUCAGUAGAUAAAUAUUCAACUGUACUGCCGCCUCCAGAAUGGUUGACUUGGUUAAGAGGAAUACGUAAUAUACCACCCACUCCCGAAGAAAUCAUGAUGAAUCGACAAACUGAGGAAAAAGUGAAGAAAAAGGCUAAGGAAAUUGAUCAGAACUGGAACAAUUUGCUUUCGCACGAAGAAGGCAAUAAAAUUCCUCAUGUAGAAUCAACAACAGUCUCGAGUGAUGUAGAUACAGAACCUGCAAAUUUUCCGCGUUAUCCAGAGUAUGAACAACAUCAUAAAUUGACGUGA